AUGUCUGGAAAUAUGACUUUGGUCGAUGAACUAAGUGGAAUGCAACUGGCUAUCCAGGCAGCUAUCAGCCAGGCCUUUAAAACCCCAGAGGUCAUCAAAUUAUUUGCAAAGAAACAACCAGGUCAGCUUCGGACAAGGUUAGCAGAGAUGGAUAGAGAUCUCAUGGUAGGAAAGCUGGAAAGAGACCUGUAUACUCAACAGAAAGUGGAGAUACUUACAGCUCUCAGGAAACUUGGAGAGAAGCUGACUGCAGAUGAUGAGAACUUCUUGUCAGCAAAUGCAGGUGCUAUUCUCAACCAGUUUGAGAAAGUCUCUACAGACCUUGGCUCUGGAGACAAAGUUCUUGCUCUGGCAAGUUUUGAGGUUGAAAAAACGAAAAAAUGA